CAUAAUGAUGGCUUCUCCUCCCUGACCCCUGCCUGCCGUUUGAGAGCCCGGCCUCAGCCACCAGUUGUCGUCCUGUAUGCGAGUCAAGGUCAUGAUCCCCCCAGCGUGCCUUGCGACUGAUGUUUUGUGACGAACCCCUUCCACCCUCACCGGCGCCGCCCUCCUUCCUUAUGUCUCUUGCGCCUCGCUGCUGUCCUGCCCCGCCGCCUCGUCUUGCGGCAUGGAGAUAGUCAUACCGCCUAGGGACCAUGGGCCGUCAACCUUUCGUUACACGUGGGAUGAGAAUGGUGAAGUGCAGCAGAUGACGAGAGUGCGGGAACCCUCUGCCAUCCCAAACUUUUCGCGGCUCGGGAGGCGGACGGCGCAGUGGCCGUUCGAGAGCAUCUCCGACACCGACGCCGCCUCGAGCCCGGCCACGCCGGCCUUCUUGCCCCAGAUAGGCACGUGGCAGCCGCAGCCCACGCGGGACUACGACACGGACUCGGUCGCCACCGAGAAGAACCUCAUCCCCGACUAUGUCAUCAACUACAUCCGCGGCGAGACGCCCGAGACGGUCGCCCAGCGGAAGCUCGUCAGGCUUGGCCAGCGCGGCGUCGACAUUGAACACCAGAACGAGCUGCACCAGUCGAGAGUGCCCGACAUUGACGGCUCCUACCUCGAGCACUCGGGCCGCCCGAGGUCGCCGGUCGGUCAUGGGGGUGAUGAGGAGGCAGACGGCGGCCCGGGCGGAGGAUGGAGGCGCCUGUCUGUCGGCUGGCGAGCCGGGGUGGCUCUGAACACUCUGCUCUCCUUCUUGAUAUUGGUGGCGGGAUUCGUCUGCUUGGUCGUGGCCAUUGCAAAGGCGUCUGUGUUCCAAGGCAGGUCCGUCAUCUUCUCAGGAUCCUGCUCAACUACAUCCAGCAUCAGCUGGGUCCUCCAUGCCGUCCUCAGCGUGUUCGGCAUAAUCAUCAUCGCCGGCGCCAACUACGUCUUCUCGGUGCUCAGCAGCCCCACAAGAGCCGAGGUCGACGUGGCCCACCAGAAGAAGAAGUGGCUGGACAUUGGAGUCCCGUCUCUCCGAAACCUCGGGCACAUCGACAACACACGGACGUGUCUGGCUCUCAUCCUGCUCUUGUCAGCCGUGGUGACCCAACUAAUGUAUAAUGCGGUACUCUUCACCUCCCAGACGGCCCCCAACUUCAAGCUCGCCUUGGUCGCCGAGUCGUUUCUCGACGGUGCCCCGUUCAGCAACGGCACGGCCAAUAACAGCGGGCUGCUGAGCCGCUUCGACCUGCUGUCGCUCCAGCAGCAGGCGAGCCGCGACGACCUCGUCAACCUCACCGCCUCGGACUGCUUCCAGGAAUUCAAGGGCGCCUUCGGGCAGACCUUUGACGCCGCCCUCCUAAUCACUAAUACCGUCUCGCAGACAAACUCGCUGCUGCAGACGUCGACCGGCGCCGCCGGCGACGCCCUCACGCGCAUCUUCAGCACGUCGAACCCGCCGCUCGACCAGGCGUCGGUCCGCUACUGCAUGGCCCAGCCCGGCCGCACCGCCAGCACGUGCGAGGUCGAUCUGAACGGGGCGCUGCUGGGCGUCGUGGCCCUGCUCAACCUCAUCACCGUCGUCGCCGCCGCCGCCGUGCUGUACCUCUCCAAGACCUCGGCCGCCUUCCAGCCCCUCGCCACGCUCGGCGACGCCAUCGGCUCCUUCCUCCAGCGCCCGGACCCGACCACGCGCGGGUCCUGCCUCAUGUCCAAGGCCGACGUCCGCCAGGGCCGCUGGGGGCUGCAGGAGGCCAAGUAUUACGUCGCGGCCGGCGACCACUACUGGUUCCGCAGCCCGUCGCUAGCACAAUGGCUGUUCGCCGUUCUGGCAUGGAGCGCGCCGGUGGGGCUCGCGGCGGCGGCGCUCGCCAUCUCGGUGGCGGCCGAGCCCGGCGCGCAGCUGUCGGCGUUUGGCGCCGUGUCGGCGCACUCGCUCGUCGUGCUGCUGCCCGUGCGCUCCGUGCUCGACGGCCCCGCCACCGCCGCCCUCCUCGCCGCCCUGCCCCACCUCCUCGUCGCCGUCCUCUACUUUGCCGCCAACGGCCUCGCCACCGCCUGCUACCUCUCGCACGAGUCGUCCCUGUUCGCCGCGGGGCACGCCCGCCCCCUGCGCCUGUCUGCCGGCAGCGGCGCCAACACGUCGCUGUACCUGACCUUGCCGCGUCCCGUGUCAUGGCUGCUCAUGGCCGUGUUUGCCGGCCUCGACUUUGUUCUGAGUCAGGGCUUCUUCGCCACCACCAUCCGCCUCGUCGACGUGUCCACGGCGUCUCCUGAUCCAGUCAUCUCCGCAACUGCCACGGGCACGACGCUCCGCCCAGACGUCAUGGUCGCAGCCCUCGCGCUCAGCGGCGUCGCGCUGCUGGUGCUCGUGGCCGCGCUCGCGCUGCUGGCCCUGUGCGCGCUCGCCGUCGUCUUCUUCUGCCGCGCCGAACCCGCCGGCCUCGUCAACGGCCGCCGCGUCGGCAACCCCAUGGCCCUCCCCGGCGGCUCGUGCAGCGCCGUCGUCAGCGCCCGCUGCCAUCCCCACUCUCCGGGGGGCGAUAGUGAUGGUGUUGAUGCUGGUGUCUGGCGCAAGCCCCUCGUCUGGGGCGUCGUGCACGAGGCUGUGGGUAUGGACGUUAGUCGCUGCGCGUUCACCGCCGGUAAGGCGGGAUUGGUGGAUGUCGCGCGGAGCUAUGCGUGAAACUAACUACCUGUGUGGGGGGUUUUAUGGCUUUCUUCGGUUUGCUACGUAGGUGGUUGGCAUCUCUAUCUAUUUAUGUGUAUAUAUAUACAUC